UCUUGACGUUUAACGAAUGUCAAAGUGUGUGUGUAAAACUAAAACUGUAAAUCCGAUCCGUCGUAAAUUAAUUAAUAAAUAAAAACAAAUUUCACAGCAUAAAUAUUUCGUGAAAACCGUGUGCAAAUUUUGAUUUUGUACUACAGAUCAUAACCCACAAUAAUUCUUCAGGUUUACGCUAAAAUAACUGUUUCAUUUGUAUUGGUUCUUGGUGUAUUUGUGCUGGCUUUCUGUGCUCCGCAAUGCCUGCUGUAACAUCGACGUCGGAAGAAGAGCAAAAUGACGCUGAUCAGAAAAUGUGGAAUGCUCUCAAGCGGCAUAUUAUACGAGAAAGACAGAGGAAGAAAGAAGAAUACGAAGCAGAGGUUGAGGAAGAAAGAUUACGUAAAGAACGAGAGGCUAGAGAAAGGCAGGAUGUCAUGACACUUGAAGAAACAAAAGAACAAAUUGAGCAGUUGGAGCAAAAGCUGAAACAACUAGAAAAAGAAAAACAACAACUUUUCAUGCAACUAAAGAAAGUUCUCAAUGAAGACGAAAUCAGGAAACGACAGCAACAGAAGGAAACUAAUGAAAUGCAGCCAAUGAAAAUGCCGAUGGGCAACAUUCAGAUCCCAAUGUUUCCGAUGCAGUCUGGGACAGGUCAGGGAGAACCUCCUCAGUCUCAGGGUAGACCGCCGCCCCUAUCUUCACAUCUUCUGAACAAGCAAACUAUUGUCCGUGGCCCAAUACAGGCUGGCGUGAAGCGGCCGCGGAGCCCGUCGCCCACGUACGCGCUGUACACGCACCGGCUGCAGCCGCAGAACAUGAAGCAUCAGCCCGUUUACUCGGACCACAAGGUGGAAGACGGGCGGAUGGGCCGCCAAAUGGCCCGCGCCGUGCUCUGGAACAAACCAUCUCAGUACGGGUCGCAAGUGGGCGGUUCUUCUGUAUCCUCCGGCGCAUACUAUGCUAUGCCAUCUUCCGGCGUUGUCGGCGUUUCCGGCGUGGUCGGCGUCAACGAGCGCCCGCCGCCAUUACUGUAUCCCCACCAUGCCCAUACACCGCAUACGCCCCAUACGCCGCACCACGCCGGAUUAAUGUAUGCGCCGGCGCCGCAAUCACAGCACAUGUAUCUGGAUCUAUUGAAGAGCCGCGAUGCGCAGCACCAGGAUAACAAUAAGGAUAAACAGCAGCCGCAAGUGCUGAUCGGCCUCAGCGACGGGCACCACCCGGCGGUCAGCAGCGGCGUGUCGUACUCGCAGCCGCCGCCCGUCAGCCGCCACAUCGCCAUCCACCCGCCGCCGCAGCACAGCACUAUGCAGAACACGAAGCCCGGCAGCAUCACCCAAGGCUACCCGGUCCAGCAAGCCAACCCAAACGUCCAGAACCCGAACAUAUACCCGAACCGGCACCGCUAUUAGCUAAUGCUUAUACGCCGGCAGCUUGGCAAGCCGCCUUAGUCCGGACGCCUCGGAUGCGACGAGUAACGCGGUGUCGUGCGUGACACGUAGCGUGACGUGACGUGGCGGGAAGUGAGCGCGAUUCAAGAUGGCAGUGGGCGCGCGAGGUGCGACGGUGUCGUGCGUGACGACAUGACGUGACGUGGCGGGAAGUAGCGUGACAUCAAACAGAUUGCAAAGGCAGUGUCUGUCUUCUGCGAUCUACCGAGUGCAUUUCAUCAGUUGCUUAGUGUCGCGUUGUGUCUAACGUAGGACAUCGUGUAAGAAUCUUUUCAGAUAGCAGAUUUUAGAUUGAAUUUUAUUUGUAUUUAAUUUAUUUCCUAAAUCACUAGUUUGAAAUGAUUUACAAGAAAUUACAUUUGAACUAGUCAUUAGAAUAUUUCGAAGUUAAUACACAAGUAUUUUGUGAAUUAUUUAUUUACUUAAAAAAAAAGGUCAUCUAAAGUCUGCAGUCUGCGAGGGCUAAAAGGGUUAACACUUUCACUGUACUACUUUCGUUGCUAACUUUCAUCUGGCAAACAAACCUACUCAGUUCUCUUUCACAUAAUAUACUAACUCUACUGAUUGAGUAAAAGAGACAAAUAUCAUUAUUUUGCUACUUCCGAUGGCUUCUAUGUAACACGAAACUGCCACACAAGUAUAUCGAUCGUGACUGAGUGCAGUGAAAGUGUUAAGAAACUGCAGUUGUCUCUGAAAUAUUUUAGAGACAUACAGCAGAGAGUGACGGUAUUGGUCACCUAUGAGAAUAACGAUCUUUAAAAUCCAUUUUGUUCUUAACAUCGUAUUCUCAUACGUGUAGUAUUUUAUAGAAUGCAGUUCAAUAGGACAGUGUUAUGUUUGAAGGUUCCGGACAAAGGUAUUGGAUUCAACCCGGCGUAAAGUGCAUACAAUACAGACUGACAUACAGUAAUAUGAACAGUUACAUAGUUAUAAUAUUGCAAGCUAUUGUACAAAUAAGCAACAACGUUCCGAUUUACAUAUAGACUUUAUAGCGCAGUGAAUGUAAUAUAUUGCUACAGUCCGACUGAGAUUCUUUCAGUGUAUUUUUGAGGACCUAAAACUACUAAUAAUUUAAAAAUAUCGUGAAAAUGUGUAUUUUUAAUUAGUUACGGGAAUUCCUGUCCCCAGAAAUCACUGGAAAAUGAUCCUGGUUGGGCUAUAUUAUGUAAAGAAAAAUUAAUAUAACCUGAUAUCAAAUAUCAAAAGUUUUUUUGUGAGAAAUGGAUUGUAGAUUUCAUAGUAUUUUGUUGCAAUGCAACUAUGUAUAGAUACAUAAUAUUUUUAUGGCGUAUAAUAUAAUAGUAUAGUGUUUAGUUAUUAGCUUAGUAUGUUGUAUUUCAUUUAAACGUUAUAUUGUUAUUGUUUCAUGACU